AUGCGGAAUGGUGACGAGGUGAGAGUUUUAUGUUGUUUAAAGUUUUUUGUGCCGCAAGCAAAAUUAGUUGAUGUGAAGAUGGGCAACUCGCAAAGUGGCAAGUCCGAGUACAGCUCGCCAAUUUCUACUCCACAACACCAUCUUCAUUUGCCUGUAGAAUUGCCCAGGACUCAUAAUUUGCGAGCGAGCAUUCGGACCAAAGUACCAAUGCCAGACAAGAGUGAGCUAGAGAGACGGUUCACAAAAGUUUUGGCAUCCAUGAAUUUGCCUGCAGACAAAGCAAAACUUUUAAAGCAAUAUGAUGACGAAAAGAAAUGGGAUUUGAUUUGCGAUCAGGAAAGAGUUCAAGCAAAAGACCCGCCGGCGCACUACCUGUUUAGACUUCGUACAUAUUUAGAUCCAAAAGCUUCUCGAAGUUCAAGAAAACGGAAAAUGGUUGGAGAUGCUACUUCUACUCAGGUGUUAAGGGAUCUAGAAAUAUCUCUAAGAACCAAUCAUAUAGAAUGGGUUCGUGAAUUCCUUGAUGACCAAAAUCAUGGUUUAGAUUCAUUAAUCGACUAUCUAAGCUUUAGAUUAGUGAUGAUGCGACAUGAACAUAGGGCUAAGACAGAUGUAACUAAUGUUUCGACCGAAAAAAUUGCUCAAGGUAACCAUAUACAUACAAAUGGGAUUAGUAAUGGUAAUGCAACGAAUCAUGCAAGACCUACUUUAGACAUACUUGAUAGCCCUGGGAUUAAACGGAGAUCGAGGCAUGCAGCAAAAUUAAAUAUGGGCGAUACCAAAGAUGAUAUACACGUUUGUAUAAUGUGUUUACGGGCUAUUAUGAACAAUAAGUACGGAUUAAAUAUGGUCAUUCAACAUACCGAAGCAAUAAAUAGCAUAGCUUUGAGCUUAAUGCAUAAAAGUUUAAGGACUAAAGCUUUAGUAUUGGAACUUCUAGCUGCUAUAUGUCUAGUCAAGGGUGGUCAUGAGAUCAUUUUAUCUGCAUUUGACAAUUUUAAAGAAGUCUGUCAGGAAAAAAAACGUUUCCAAACUUUAAUGGAUUAUUUUAUUAACUAUGAAGUUUUUCAUAUAGAAUUUAUGGUUGCUUGCAUGCAAUUUAUAAAUAUAAUAGUACAUUCAGUUGAAGAUAUGAAUUUCCGGGUUCAUCUACAGUACGAGUUCAGUACCCUUGGACUUGAUGAUUAUUUAGACAAACUGAAACAUACAGAAAGUGAAGAGCUUCAAGUUCAAAUUUCUGCAUAUCUUGAUAAUGUAUUUGAUGUAGCAGCUUUAAUGGAAGAUAGUGAAACUAAAACUGCUGCUUUAGAAAAAGUUGAAUCUCUUGAGGAUGAACUUGCACAUGCUCAUGAUAGGUUAACUGAAUUAGAACGAGAAUCAUUAGCUCAGUUAGCUGGCUUAGAGAGUGCUCUUGGAAUGGCUCGGGCGGAAAGAGAUGCUGCAGCAGAAAGUAAGCGCGCAAUUGAAGAAGAAGUAGCAACACUGCGAAGGGUUGUUAAUGAUCAAAAAAGAGAAUCUCAAUCUAGACAGUCCAUGCUUGAAGAAAAAAUUCAAGAAUUAAUUUCACGAGGAGCUCAACCUGACUUAAGCUCCAGCAGUGGUAUUUCAAGUUGUUCUUCAACAGGCAGCAACAGUAUAUCAGCAUCACCACCUCCACCACCUCCACCCCCGCCCCCUCCACCUCCACCUACUGUUUCUUCAACAGUUAUGCCACCUCCGCCUCCUCCACAAAUAUCUCCUAAACCUACAGGUAUACCUGCACCACCGCCACCUGCCCCCCCUUUGGCAGGUACCAUGCAAGCACCAGAUGGUGCGAUGACAAUUAAGCGAAAAGUACUGACCAAGUAUAAGUUACCAACUCUAAAUUGGGUGGCAAUGAAACCUAAUCAAGUCCGUGGUACAAUAUUCAAUGAAUUAGAUGACGAUAAGUUACAUUCUGUGAUAGACUUUGGUCAGUUUGAAGAGAAAUUUAAAUUGACAGCUGCUGGUCGGGCAUUGAUAAAUGGGGAUUCUGAUCAACACGAUGGACUUAUGACAUAUCCUAGUAAACGAAUGAAAAAACAAGAUAAUAUUUCACUUCUAGAACAUACCCGUUUAAGAAACAUUGCUAUUUCAAGGAGAAAACUUGAUAUGCCUGUUGAACGUAUAAUAAUGGCUGUAAAUUCUUUGGAUUUGAAACAGCUACCUUUGGAAAAUGUUGAAAUUCUUCAGCGAAUGAUUCCUACUGAUCAAGAAGUAAAAUCAUAUAGAGAAUACCAACUAGAGAAAAAAGAUAUAAACAUGUUAACUGAGGAAGAUAAAUUUUUAAUGCAAUUAACUAAAAUAGAACGACUGGCAACCAAACUAUCCAUUAUGAGUUAUAUGGGUAACUUUAUGGAUAACUUACAUUUAAUAUCACCUCAAGUGCAUGCCAUUAUAUCAGCUUCAAGUUCAGUGAAGAAUUCUAAAAAACUACGUCAAUUGCUGGAGAUAAUAUUAGCAUUUGGUAACUAUAUGAACAGCGCAAAACGUGGUCCAGCUUAUGGAUUUAAACUACAAUCAUUGGAUACCUUAGUUGAUACUAAAUCAAGUGACAAACGCAUGUGUCUUUUACAUUUUAUUGUUGAUACUGUUAGGUCUAAAAUGCCAGAAAUUAUGAAUUUUGAUUCAGAAUUCAUGUACAUUGACAAAGCAGCAGCUGUAUCAUUGGAAAAUGUCAUAACUGAUGUUAACGAGUUGGAAAAAAAUAUGGAAAUUGUAAAGAAAGAAUGUGAGCCUCGAGGUUUUGGAAAUGCUCAACAUGUCUUAGUCCUUCGAGAUUUUCUUAGUAAUUCUGAAGACAAAUUAAAAAGGUUAAAAAAUGAGACUAAAACAGCUCAGGAAUCAUUUAGAGAUUGUGUAGAAUAUUUUGGUGAACCACGGCGAGGUACUGAUGCUAAUACAUUUUUUUCAAUGCUUGUGAGAUUUGUUAAAGCAUUUAAGACUGCCGAUGUUGAGAAUGAACAAAGAAAACGAUUAGAAGAUGCUGCAUGCCAGAUGAAAAUGAAAUCCAGUAAUGAAAACUUAGUUUCCAAGAAUAAAAUUAAUCAAAAAAUGCAGCAAGAUGCUGUUAUAAAUGAACUAAAGAAUAAAACACAAAUGGUUCAAGAAAAGAAACUGUUACAUCAAGAUGAAGUAUAUAAUGGUGCAUUGGAGGAUAUUCUUCUAGGUUUGAAAAAUGAGCCUUAUAGGAGAGCAGAUGCUGUUAGAAGGAGCCAAAGACGUCGCAUUGACAGUCAUCGAUUAUCUAGGACAUUAGAAGAAUUAGAAUUUUAAUUGUCACUGUAAUAUGAUUAUUCCAUUUACAUAUCCAAAUACUCAUGACUACAAAGUUAAGUUAUUAAGUUCCAGAAUUAAAUAUAACUAUGUAUUGUUAAAUGUACUCAUAAUAUUAUUUUGUUUGUUGUUUUACAUGUUUAUUGGUAUACAUUGAAUCUAUAUUAUAUAUAU